UGGCUGCAGAACCCCAUCAGUUAUCAACCCCCUGGGACUGCCACACGAAUCUCACAGAGAAGAGAUGGAGAGGGUCUGAGGACAAAACAGAGACACGAGGACAGAAGAGAGAGAGCAAAAGAUCACUCCGGCUGAUUUCACACUGCAAGAGUGAUUAUAGCAGCCCGCCUGAAAAAAUGGUAACCUUAUUAGAGGAUCAGUGAUCUGAGCCACAGCAGAGCCAGAGCCACAGCAGGCAUGAAUGCAUCUGAUCUGUCUUCCUACCAAGGGGAGGAGAUGCUGGAUAACUCCACCUGGGCUUACUCCUACUAUACCAUAAACUACACCCUGUCCCCUCCGCUGAUACCAGACAAGACCAGCACGACCAAACCUGCAGCAUGCGAGCAGGUCCACAUCGCCGUGGAGGUCUUUCUCAUCCUUGGUAUCAUCUCCCUGCUGGAGAACAUCCUGGUCAUCACUGCUAUAGUAAAAAACAAGAACCUGCACUCACCCAUGUACUUCUUCAUCUGCAGCCUGGCAGUGGCAGACAUGCUGGUGAGUGUGUCCAACGCCUGGGAGACGAUCAUCAUUUACCUCCUCAACAACAGGCAGCUGGUGGUGGAAGACCACUUCAUCCGCCAGAUGGAUAAUGUGUUUGACUCCAUGAUCUGUAUCUCAGUGGUUGCAUCGAUGUGUAGCUUGCUGGCGAUCGCUGUGGACAGGUACGUCACUAUCUUCUAUGCUCUGAGAUACCACAACAUCAUGACAGUGAGAAGAGCCGGCUGCAUCAUCGGAGGAAUCUGGACCUUCUGCACGGGCUGCGGGAUCAUCUUCAUCAUCUACUCAGACACCACCCCUGUCAUCAUCUGCCUGGUCUCCAUGUUCUUUGCCAUGCUGCUCAUCAUGGCCUCCCUCUACAGCCACAUGUUCAUGCUGGCUCGUUCGCACGUCAAGCGCAUCGCCGCCCUGCCGGGCUACAACUCCAUCCACCAGCGGGCCAGCAUGAAGGGAGCCAUCACGCUGACCAUCCUGCUGGGGAUCUUCGUCGUCUGCUGGGCCCCCUUCUUCCUCCACCUGAUCCUGAUGAUCUCUUGUCCGCGGAACCUCUACUGCGUUUGCUUCAUGUCCCACUUCAACAUGUACCUUAUCCUCAUUAUGUGCAACUCAGUGAUCGACCCGCUGAUCUAUGCUUUCAGGAGUCAGGAGAUGAGGAAGACUUUUAAGGAGAUCAUCUGCUGUUACAGCCUGAGAAACGCCUGUACCAACAUCUGCGCUCUGACGGGGAAGUACUAAGAGAUGCAAAGACAUGAAAAGAUGAGUGGGAUGAACAGACUGAAUCUGAGACUGCAGUCUGAUCAUGAGAGUCGAUAGAAGAAUAGUUUGAGAAUUGGUUCAUUGCUCCUAUCUGCCAGAAGCACAUUUUUGUCUACUGCUUCAAAUGAACUGAAAAGGGGACACUCACAGGAUGUAGGAAAGUUCAACUUCUGUCUCCUGCUGUCUCCACUAUGUACAUGACGUGGUUAGUUUAUGAGUUAAAUUAUGUGAGCACAGCUAGGACAAACUGGGAUCAUGAUUCAUAUGAAAGUAGGUCACAGAAAACAGUUUGUGACCUUUCUUUCAUUGUAGCUGCCAUUCUUGUAUCGUUCUGCUUUGGCCUUUUAUUUGGAUACAAAAGGAUGUAAUCACCCCAUAUUACCCCCAUACAUGUUUUUUCAUUACAAUCUCUAAUCUCUAAUUAUUGUGAUUCUGUAAUAUCGUAAUUGUGUAAAAGAGCUUAUAUGCUUGCUUUAAAAGUCACAAUCACCAAGGUCCUUUAUUUACAUAAAUGCCUGUUAGGACGCCAUCUUUUGAUGAUUGAGGAAAAAAAACACUAAACCUACGUCCCAUUUAAUAAAGCCAUUACAUUUUGAGUUUGUUUUCAAUCUGUGUCGAGUAA